AGGGCUAGGGCUGCAGGAUCACUGAGCUGGUCGGACCAGAGCCCUUCACACAGACAGGCUCCAGAUGCCUGUCUGUCUAGCUGCCUGUCUGUCUGCUUGUCCGCCUGUCUAGCUGCCUGCCUGUCUAGCUGCCUGCUUGUCUAGCUGUUCUUCUGUCUGGUUGCCUGUCUGUUUUUCAGAUUGGCUCAUGGUUUUUAUGUCAAAUGUGAUUAUGUUAUAUGCUAUAGAAUGUGUAGUCAGCUGAUUUCAAUAGGUGUUGAAUAAGGUGCCUGUCUUCUUCUCUGGGUCAUAAGAUUGGAUACAGACAUGUUUGAGAGAGACAGAGAGAUAGGGGGAGAGACUGUAGACCUGGCUGUAGCGUUCUCUAACAGAGGCCACAGAUUUAUAUAUGAUUUGAUAGAAGUUCAGUAAUGUUUGGAUCCAUAUUGUCCAGCAGUGGGCUGUAGACUGGGAGCUGGUGAGGGGAGCUGGUGCUCAGUGGAACUCCACCAGCGGUGUGAGGAGGGUGUGAGGCAGCCAGCCUCUUUAUGGAGCGUCACUGUCAGGUCAUGGCUGCUUAAUGUGGCCUGCUUCAGUGUAAACGGUCGCCAUGACAACAGAGGUGGGAUCCGAGACUGAGGUGAAGAAGGAGCCCGAGAAGGAGAAAGGGGAGGAGCCAACUCCAUCAGCUGACGCCCAAUCCACCAACAGCCCCGCCCCUGAGCAGGAAAACCAGGAAGUCGCAGCGCCCUCUGAGAACACCACCCCGGAAGCUCCUGAAGCUACCACACCAGAGAAGAAGAAGGAGGAGGAGAAGGAAAAGGAGGGACCUGUGAAGGAGAAGGGAAUCUCUCGUUUCCUGCCUCCAUGGCUUAAGAAGCAGAAGUCCCAGACCCAAGUGACUCCCAAGGAAGCCACGCCUCUGGAGACCACGCCCACAGACGGGGUUGUGGCCACAGUAGAAGGGGAGGAGGAGAAGGCGGAGCCAGAGCAGGAAGUGGGAGAGACUUGUCCUCCGGUAGAACCCCCAGUGGAAAACCAGGAAGUGAACGGAGUGGAAGCGGAAGAGAAGGAGGAAGUGAAGUCAGAGGAAGGAGAGAAGGAGGAGAGCCACUCCACAGGCAGUGCAGACACUCAGCCUGCCAAGGAGGAGAAAGAGGAGUGUGUAGAGAAGGGAGCGGAGGAGGGAAAGCCACCUGAGGAGGGGGAGCAGGAAAAGGAGGAGGAAGAGAAGGAGGAGAAGAAGGAGGAGGACAAAAGCUGCAAGCCGGAGGGCCACUCCAUCCUCAAGUCUCCUCUCAAGCUCACCAAGAAGAUGAAGGUGGCCAUGUGUCACGUGAUGAUGCUGGACGGAACCCAGUUCCCCUGCGAGGUGGAGAAACGAGCCAAGGGCCAGUUCCUGUUCUUCAAGGUGUGUGAGCAUCUUAACCUGCUGGAGAAGGACUACUUCGGCCUGAGCUACAGAGACAACGCUGACCAGAAGUGCUGGCUGGACCCUACCAAGGAGAUCAAACGCCAGAUCCGCAACAACAACUGGCAGUUUUCCUUCAAUGUGAAGUUCUAUCCUCCAGACCCUUCUCAGCUUACUGAGGAUAUAACCAGAUACCUGCUGUGCCUCCAGCUGCGAGAGGACAUCUCGUCAGGCCGCCUCCCCUGCUCCUUCGUCACCCACGCCCUCCUGGGGUCCUAUUCGCUGCAGGCCGAGCUCGGUGACCAUGACAGCGACGAGUCCCGCCCCCUGGACUACAUCAGCGACUUCACCUUUGGCUCGGCCCAGGGCAAGGAGAUGGAGGAGAAGGUGGUGGAGCUGCACAAGACCCACAGGGGGAUGACGCCAGCGCAGGCCGACGCCCAGUUUUUAGAAAACGCCAAGAAGCUCUCAAUGUAUGGAGUGGACCUGCACCAUGCCAAGGACUCGGAGGGCGUGGACAUCAUGCUGGGUGUGUGUUCCAGCGGGCUGCUGAUCUACAAGGACCGCCUGAGGAUCAACCGCUUUGCCUGGCCCAAGAUCCUCAAGAUCUCCUACAAGAGGAACAACUUCUACAUCAAGAUCCGCCCCGGAGAGAUGGAGCAGUUUGAGAGCACCGUGGGGUUCAAGCUCCCCAACCACCGUGCUGCCAAGAGGGUGUGGAAGGUCUGCGUGGAGCACCACACCUUCUUCAGGCUGACGGCUCCAGAGCAGCCCCCCAAGGCCAAGUUCCUGACCCUGGGUUCUAAGUUCCGGUACAGCGGGCGGACCCAGGCCCAAAGCCGCCAGGCCAGCUCCCUCAUAGACCGGCCUGGCCCCUACUUCCAACGCACCUCCAGCAAACGCAUCUCCCGCAGCCUGGAUGGAGCUCCAGUGAUCAAUGUGACGGACGCAGACUCCGGCCCCACCUUCUCCUCCACCCCUGGGGAGAACGGACAUGACCCCACCCUCGAACUCAACUCUGAAUCCAAGGUAGAGGAGGCGGAGCCUGGGGCUGCGGCCACUCCCACUGGGACCAGUGAGAAGACAGGACAGACAAACUCCGCCCUGCUCCAGGAUCUGGAUAAGACUCAGGACGAGGUGUUGAAGCACCAGGCUAGCAUUAGCGAGUUAAAACGCAGUUUCAUGGAGGCCACGCCGGAGCCUCGUCCCAGCCAAUGGGAGAAGCGCCUCACGGCCAGCCCGGCCACCAGCCUGAGGCUGCAGGGACCAGGGAAAACUCCACCCAGAACGGACUUGACUCUCCCUGACCUCAAAGACGUCAGCAAGCAGGCUGAGGUAGAGGUAGAGGAGACAGUGGUCAUCCAGGAAGUCAGGAAGACCCCCAAGCUGCCAUGCCCAACCCCCGAGCUAGUGGUUACCGCUGCCGUGGAGACUGAGCAGCCUCCAGAGGAAGUGCAACCGGAAGUGAACCAGGAAGCAAUACAGGAAGUGGAACCGGAAGUCAACCAGAAAGUAAAUGAGGAAGCCAACCCGGAAGUGAAACAGGAGACGAGGAGGGCAAGCAUGUCGUCUGAGAGUGAGAGCGAGGACGAGGCGGAGUAUCAUCCUCAGGUCACGGUCAACACCUCCGUCACCCAGAUCAAGGAGGAGCCUGAGGAGGAGGAGAGAGAGGAGAAGGAAGAUCAAGAGGAGCUGAAACAAGAGAAACAGGAGGAAGAUCAAGCGGAGCUGAAACAGGAGGAACAGAAGGAAGAGGAGGAGAAAAAGGAGGAAAAUGAAGUAGAACCAGAAGCAUCUGAGCUCCCUAAGUCCCAGCCCCCCAUUGUUGAGACAGACCAAUCCCCCGCAGUUGUUCUGGCGUCAGAGGCGGUGCCUGUAGCAGAGGAGGAAGGGAGCACCGAUGACCCCAUGAUGACCCUUGAAGAGGCCCCCAAUGGCCACGCCCACCCCCAAGACCCUGCCCACUCUGAGGGCCUGCCCGGAUUGGUUGAGCUGGAAGAGGAAGAGGUGGAGCCGAGAGUAAAUGGAGAGACGGAACGCCACCAACCCCAGGUUAUAUGUUGCUCUGAGCCCCCUGUGGUGAAGACUGAGAUGGUGACCAUUUCCGACACCUUCGCUGCUCAGAAGACCGAGAUCGCCACCAAGGAGGUCCCCAUCGUCCACACAGAGACCAAGACCAUCACCUACGAAGCUGCACAGUUGGACGGGGGAGCCGAUGGGGAGCCAGGUGUUCUGAUGACAGCCCAGACCAUCACCUCUGAAUCCCUCUGUACCACGACCACAACACACAUCACCAAGACACUAAAGGGCGGCCUAUCAGAGACCAGGAUUGAGAAACGCAUUGUCAUCACCGGAGACUCUGACAUUGACCAUGAUCAGGCCCUGGCCCAGGCCAUCAAGGAGGCCAAAGAGCAGCACCCUGACAUGUCAGUGACCAGGGUGGUAGUUCACAAGGAGACGGAGCUGGCGGAGGAGGGGGAAGGAGGGGAAAACUGAGAGUUGAAGAGCCUGUCAGGUCCAUAUAUGGAUGUAUGUUGUCACUCCCACAUCAGUGUCAGAGAGUCUGUCUGGAGAAGAGGAGGAGGAGAAGAGGAGAGAGGAAAGAGCAGGAGGAGGAAAGACUGACCCUCCUUUGUGUCUGUGCAUCACACCUUCCUGUUUCAUAAUUCUGAAGAGAACCACUUAGCUAACAUUCGUAGCUUGUCUUUAUUUUUUAUUUUUUUUAGUGCUUUUUGCAAAAAGAAGAAAUGUCUACCAUAUUGAGAAUGAGAGAGGCCAGGAUUACGAUAGAACAUGGUCCUGUAUUACCACCUUCCCUAUGUACAGAUGCUCUUAGAGUGAGGGAACAGUCCAGUGACAUCAUCUACCUGCGCCCAUGGCAUUCAGUCAGCCGGCCAGUAGGACGGCAUGGCAGAGUUCGGAACCCACUGGCGUGCCGUGUUGUCAUGGUAACACGUUAAUCAGUUUACCGGGGGUGAGGAAGCAGGAAGAUCAAUUGUAAUUGGAGGGAGAGUUUCCUAGGGACCAAUCGAGGUGACGAUGGGGCACUGUGUCAUCUUGUACAUUUACAGAACAGUGCCAACAAACACACACACACACACUCAGCAUUCUACUAUGCAGUCUGAACAUUCCACAAGAGGCAGUUACUAUACCUCUACUUCCCUCACACAAACACAAAUAAAUAAACAUCAUUUAACACUGGGCAGCUUGGGAUCGUAUUCACUUUUCCAAAACUUUUCUGGACCAUAAGUAAGAAACAUAUUUGUAGAGAAACAUUCUUAUAAUCUGUUUUUUUGUUUGUUUUCAAUCUUUUAUUUUUCUCAUCUGUAAGCUGAUUUUAGAGCUGAGUUCUAGUUCCCACUUUAAAAUAUUUUUAAUAUAUUUCAGAAGUUUUUUUGACAACUAAAAAAAGAAACACAUGAUAAAUUGAACUGCCACCAUAUUAGUUUACCACUAGACGAUGGAGGAGCUUGUUGCUAUGGCGAUCUUCUACUUGACCAGCCUCACCCCCACCCCCCAUGUGACCUGAACCCUGUGUAGACCAUACAAUCAUAGAUUUUUAGCAGCUUGAAGAUUGUGUCGUGUGUCGUCCCCCCCUGCACCCCCCCCCCCCCCCCUCUCUGU